AUGGACCACAUACCGUCACUGCCCGCGUCACACAAAGGAAACACGGAGCUGUUAAUCUGGGUUGACCUGUUUACGGGUUUCGUCAUCGCGAAGGCGAGUGCGUCGGGGACUGCGAGACGCGUUCGCCACGACCGGGAGCCGGGCUUCAUGUCCGAUUUCUUCAAGGCCUUCAACAAACUCAUGGGUCAACGACAGCGAGCGACUCUCGCGUAUCGCCCACAAGCAAACGGGGCGGCGGAGCGCAUGGUGCAGACGAUCACGAGGGCCAUCAAGAUGUACAUCGCGGACAACGACCAGCGCGACUGGGACGAGUACGCAGAACGGCUCACCUACGCCCUGAAUACCGCCCACGAUCGAACACGGGACGAAACACCUUUUUUCUUGCGCCACUACAAAACCGCACGUGCACAAGCGCUCGAGUUGCUCCGCGAAGCAGUAGACACGCGAGCUACACGGCAGAACGCGCGCGUGACGGAACACGCAAUACAACGCGGAUCCCAAGUCUGGCUGUAUCUCGAUCGGGUCAAGCCCGGAUACGCGCGCAAGCUUGCGCACUUGUGGCACGGCCCGUUCCGCGUCGCCGAAUUGGUGAGCGCGUACGCCGUGCGUCUGGAGACCAACGGAACCCCGUACCAACUGUUCCCAAUCGUGCACGUCUCGAAGCUGAAGCCCGUCCGCGAAUUCCCAUCUCGACCCGAGUUGCGACUGACGGUGCCAGCGGAGGAACGGUUCGACUUCGACGAAGAGCUCCUCCCUGAGGACAGCUGGGAGACGCACGAUGCAGACGACGAUGUUUCCGUGUGA